AUGGAGGAAGACUUAGCAAGACAAUGGGAGGGGCUUUGCUUUACUGAGAAGGAGAAAGAAGGGCUGGUUCUACCAGCAAAAGUACUGCACAGUGCACUGCAUUAUGGCAAGUAUUGCCUAUUAGCAAUGAUAGUGUCGGAGAAGUUUAUAAACAAAGAAGCAUUCAAAGUCACUAUGACUAAGAUCUGGAAAUGUGAUAGCUGGGUCCAGUUUACAGAAGUUGGAUCCAACAAGUUCCUGAUUGAGUUUAACUUGGAGGAAGACAUGAAAAGAGUAAUUGCAGGAAGACCCUGGUCCUUUGAUAGAUGGCUGAUAUGCCUGCAGCCAUUUGAUAGCAGCAAGUCAAUUGGAGAAACCACCUUCACUAAAGAGGAGUUUUGGGUCCAAGUUUUCAACAUGCCUUUUGGGUGUAUGACACGGGAGAUUGGAAUGCAGGUGGGCAAUAAUGUAGGAAAGGUGGUAAAAGUUCAUGUUGACCAACGAGGCAUUGGAUGGGGGAAGUUCUUAAGGAUAAGAGUUGAAAUAGACAUAACAAAGCCUCUUCUCAGGGGGAUAUUCAUAUCAGUGGAAGGGAAGCAAACUUGGAUCCAGUUGAGGUAUGAGAGACUACCAUCCUUUUGUUUUAACUGUGGCACAAUCAAGCACACAACACAGGGGUGCAUUUUAAGUAGAAAUGAAGAAAAGCAGCAGUAUGGAGCAUGGCUAAGGGCAGCUGCUCCUAGAGAAAGUGACUUGCUGUUCAAAAAGUAUGGCAAUGACAUGAACCCAGAAGCUGAACCAGAGAGGCAGUCAUGGAGGAAAAAAGAGGAGGUAAGGGAUGAAGUCCAAUCGAGGCAACACAGUAGUCAGAAGGUAGAUCAGAAACUGACCAGGGAAGUCACAGACCCACGUUUGGCUACUGCAACACCUACUGCCAAAGGACCAGAGCAGAGUAGAUAG